GAGAUUUUUGUAUAUUUGCCCACACAUUGCAUAGCGAUAUGCAGGAGCCAUAGGCAGGGCGUUGUUAAGUCACAGCUGCGCACCCACUUAGACACCAAACACCAGGAGCUGGCUUCCCACACACGGCGCAGCAUAGAGCCAUGGCUGCGCAACUGGGCUGACAGUGCAGACGAGGUCAUGUUUCCACGCCCAGAUGCUGCGCCGCUACCCCAUCUGCCCGUGUACAUGGACGGCUUGAAGUGCUGUGAGUGUGGGUAUAUUAAUCGCAGUGAGAAGCGUAUGCAGGAGCAUGGUUCAAAGCAGCAUAACUGGAUCCACCCACGCCAGAAGACGCCAGGACGACCAUCUAGUACGCAGGCGAAAUGGGCUACUGUCAUGUGCCAGAAGUUCUAG